AAGUGAAUGAACAGCAAAGACAUUUGGCUUAUGAAUGUUGCCUGACUCACGAGGUCAUAACAAAGAGAGUACCUGCAUUGGAUGAUAUCAGAAAGGGGCUUAGAGAAAUUAAUGUGGCAGGCACAAAUCUGCUGUGUCUUCUAGAAAGAUACCCAGAAUUACAGAGACGGGUUUUUCCUACAUAUUCAAAUGAUGUAUCUGCCCAUGAGCUCAAAAUGCAUUUACAGUUCUGUGAUCCAACUGAUGAGAAAUGUGUUCAGGCACGGAUGUGGUUUGAGCAAUACAUUGAUGAACUGGAUGAAAAAGAAAGAGCCAGUGACCAGGAGACUCUAAGCGAUUUGGUGCAAUUCUGGACAAGUUCCCCUGCAUUACCAUCGGCAGCUUCACAAAAGUUAACAGUGGCCUACCAACCAGAUUGUACCACCAAAUUGUUACCUGAAGCAAAUACUUGCCCUAUGGUCUUAUCAAUCCCAGUGGUUCAUUCCAGCUACGAAAGUUUUAAAAAAUUUAUUGACAAGGCAGUGUCAUUUGCAAAAGUAGGUUUUGGGAAAAUGUAAUCAAAUAGUUUGGAUGUUGUUGAUGUUUAUGGGGUUGCUUUAAAAUUUAUUUUGCAUAUCAAGUUUUGAUGUGUUACAUAAAAAUUUACUGGAAGUUGAUGUUUGUUUGGGUUUUAGAAAUUGUGAUCAGCAGCACUGGCAGU